AGGACUUGACGUUUUCAACUUGAACGACAGUACUAGUCGAAUGGAACUCCCUCCGAAGAAGAAGCAACGUCAAUCCACCGCACCAUCACCGCCGAUAUUCAUUCCCGACGAACUCGUUACCGAAAUCCUCUCUUUCCUUUCCGUCAAAACCAUCGCUCAAUUCAGGUGCGUAAACAAAUCAUGGAAAACUCUGAUUUCCGAUCAAAAUUUCACCAAAAUGCACCUCAAAAAAUCAUCACAAAACCCUCACUUCAUAUUAUCAAUUCCAGGAUACCCUAUAUAUAGUGUAAUAUCUUUACCGGUUCUUCGUUUACUCGAGGAUCCGUUUUUAACUGUUGUUGAAGGUUACACUUACCACCAUUUGAAUAUUGAAAUUUGUGUUGUUGGUUCAUGUAAUGGAUUGGUUUGUUUUCUUUGUGGUUCUGUUGUAAGAAAAAGGGUUAAGUAUUGGUUCCGUAUAUGGAAUCCUGCUACCAAAACAAUCUCUGGAAAAUUAGGGUUUUUUCGCAAUGAUAGUCAGCUAUUAGGCGCGUUUAAGUUUAAUUUUGGUUUUGAUUAUGUAACUGGAACUUAUAAGGUGGUUUCGUUUCGUGUAGAACGAGAUGAACUGAAAAUGAACGGAGUUUUAUGGAGAUACCAGGUUAGGAUUUUCAAUUUAGGUGAUAAUUGUUGGAGAAAUAUUCAAGAUUUUCCUUUGGUUCCUCUUAGUUGGAAUGAUGGUGCGCUUUUGAGUGGAACUGUUAACUGGUUAGCUCUUCGCGAGGAUUUUGUAUCAAUUCGUGUUGGAGGAAAAUUGAAAAUUCCUAUUAGUCAUGUUGAUCAAUUUGUGAUUGUUUCGCUUGAUCUUUCAACGGAGACAUAUAAGGAGAUUUUGCUUCCUUCGUCGGGUUUUGAUGAGGUGCCUUGUGUUGAGCCAUCUCUUCGGAUUCUGAUGGAUUGCCUUUGCUUUUCGCAUGAUGUCAAGGGAACCGAAUUUGUUAUAUGGCAGAUGAAGGAAUUUGGCGUUCAAGAGUCUUGGAGUCAGUUAUUUAGAAUUGAAUACUUUAAUCUUCGAAUGCGUAACAUUCCAAAUUACAAUGAGUUGGAUUUUGUUGGACUCAUGGAAUGUGAUACUCCAUUGUUGCCAAUGUGCGUUUCUAAGAAUGGAGAUAUAUUGAUAUUGACAAAAGUAGCAGAUGGGCGAGUAAUUAUGUAUGAUCGGAGGGAUAAGGGAGUAGAGAUAACUACUAGAGUUCCCAAGCAAAUAUGCUUGUUUUCUGCCAUUGAUUAUGUUGAAAGUUUGGUUUCGACUCCAUGGAAGUCUGAAGAUAUAGAGGCAGAGGCAGAGGCAGGGGAGCAGGAAGAGGAAGAUGAGGAGGAGGAGGAAGAGGGAUGGUAUUUGUCAUCAUCGGAGGAUGAGGAUCAACUAAGUGACAUUGAUCUCGAGGUUGAUGAAUGGGAUGAUAUUUUAUCAGAGGACGAGGGUGAACUAAGCGACAUUGAUCUUGGGGAUUGAUCGAUUGAUUAUGAUUAUGUACUAUGAUCAAAGCAUAGGAAGUAGUAAACAAUAAUCUUCAGUUUUUCAUCUUGAUUUUUGAGGAGUUGAAAACAUGAAUUUUGUAGUUUGUACGGCCAACCACAGUUUUUGUGAUUUUGGUUUUUGACUUGGAUCUUUAGUUAUGUUGAAGUUCAUAUAAGACAUAUGAGCUUAUUAUUCAAAUUUUUGUUUACUUGUUUGACUAAAAAAUGCUAAUAUUUUUGUUCACUGA